GGGAGGGCGUCGGCGCGCCGGAAGCGCCUGGAGUCUGACGCUGGGGAGGCAGGUGCUCGCUUCGCAGGUGUUGGGCGGCCUUGGCAGCUGCACCAUCUCAUAUUUUCACCAACCGUGCACAAAGGGUUCCAAUUUCUCCACAUCUUUGCUGUCUUCUGUUUUUUUGUGAGACUUGGUAAAAUGUCUUUCUUCUUGACAUGGAUCAAAGCUAUUUUUAUCACUGUCUUGGCAUUUCCUCAUUAUUCUGAAACUUCUUUGUAUCCUUCACCAGAAGACCGUAAAAUGCCAAACUGUGAUGUGUAUAUACAUCAGUUACAUUUUUGCACAAGAGAAAUGGAUCCAAUCUGUGCAACCAAUGGCCAAACUUAUUCCAAUACAUGCGUUUUCUGCAGUGAACAAUUGGUUCAUCAGACGAAAUUAUCUCCAAGGCUCCUGCUGAGAAAAGAUGCAGUGUGAAAUAUUUGUGAGGCAUCUCUCAUGACCUGCUUUACAACCUCAAGGGAGGACACGGAAUACCUGUGUUUUGUCUGCCCUAGGCCAUCUAUCUUACCCCAUAAAACUCCUCACUCAUGUAUCAAUAAAAGAUUCAGCUUGUUGAAUACGGA